AUGCAAGCCAUCACCAUCGAUUCCAUAGACGGGAAACCCGGCAAACCGGGCCAAGUUUACUACCCGCUCUCCAUCAAGAAACUCCCCAUCCCAAGACCACAAGGCAACGAGCUCCUCAUAAAGCUUACCGCCGCCGCCCUUAACCACCGGGACCUCUUUCUCCGCCAACACCUAUACCCAGGUGUAUCAUUCGACGUUCCCCUCCUCGCGGAUGGUGUCGGCAUCGUCAUCUCCGCCGGCCCAGAGGUGAAGGAACCACAGUCAUGGAUCCAAAGGCGCGUCGUUCUGAACCCGGGGACCGGCUGGCUGGAUUCCGAAGAAGGCCCCGAGGCCCCGGCCGGAUACGCUAUCAUGGGCGGCACCAAAUUUAACAGCAAGGGCACACUGCAGGAAUAUGUCACCAUCGACGUGGGCGAAGUGGAAGAGGCGCCUGCGCACUUGACGGAUGUGGAGGCGGCGGCAUUGCCGCUGACGGGCUUGACGGCGUGGCGGGCGCUGGUGACGAAGGCCGGAGCGAAGAACUCGAGCAAAGGGGCCGCGAUCCUGAUUACGGGGGUUGGAGGUGGGGUUGCGCUGAUGGCGCUGAGGUUUGCUGUCGCGAGGGGUGUGCACGUGGUUGUGACGAGCUCGAGUGACGAGAAGCUGAAGCUGGCUGCGGGGUUGGGGGCGAAGGGGGGCGUGAAUUACAAGGAACCUGAGUGGGAGAAAAAGGCGCUGGAAUUGCUACCGGCAGGCAAGAGGAAUUAUGACGCUAUUAUUGAUGGCGCUGGGGGGGAUUCGAUUGAGAAAGGGGUGAAGCUGCUCAAGGCUGGCGGUAUACUCUCCGUAUACGGCAUGACAGUAUCGCCCAAAAUGCCCUUCAUUACGCCCGCCUUCCUAAAGAACAUCGAAGUCAAAGGCACGACUAUGGGCUCUCGAAAGGAAUUCAAGGACAUGAUCAAUUUCGUCAACGAACAGAAGAUAAAGCCCAUUAUUUCCCGCGUUGUGCAGGGAAUCGAUAAUGUCAAGGAGAUUGACGGAUUAUUCGAUGACAUGAAGAAAGGCACCCAGUUUGGCAAGUUGGUUAUUGAGCUUGUGAACAGCGGCGAUAUGUAA